AUGAGAUUCCUAGUUCAUUUCAUAAUAACUGUCACCUCUUUUCCAUCUCUUACGUAUGGAUAUAUGGGUGCCGUCAUGGGAAAAUUAACAACUUGCGAUGAUGCGAAAACGAAUUUGAAUAAGGAUUGGGACUCGAAAGAUUUCAGUGCAUUCACUUGUUCUUCUUCAAUUCAUUAUGCUGUUCAGAAGGUUAGAGAUAUUGAUCCGAUUCUCUUCGAUAUGGUUCAACAAAAUAGUUCAUAUGAUCCCCGAAAAGAUCAAGUAAUGCAUAAAUGUAUGGAUGAGAGUAUCGAAUAUGAGGAUCGUAUUCCUGUCAGAGGAGACCACCGUCCGAACUGGGCACGUUUCGGAGAAUAUCUGUAUGUUCCUGUUCAAAGAUGGCUGCAUAAUCUGGAACAUGGAUCAAUUGUUCUCUUAUAUCAUCCAUGUGCUGAUGUUGACGAAUUGAAUAAAUUGAGACAACUGGUGACGUCAUGUAUCUAUCGACACGUCAUCACUCCAUAUAUUAAAUUGACGACGGAAAGACCUUUGGCACUUGUUGGAUGGGGUUCUCGUUUUGAAAUGAAUUCCGUCGACGAGAAAAAGGUGGUGGAUUUUAUGAAAAAGUACGGAAAUAGAGCACCAGAAGAGAUUACUCGAGAUGGAAAAUACGAUGAAUAUUUGAUUCAAGAAGCCAAAGUUGUUAGUGAGGAAGAUAAAACCAUCUGUCCGAAUCAUUGA